UGAUCCAAAGGGGAAAAAACACGGCUGUUUUGACUGCUACUCCACAUAUGCGGAUGCUUCUGCAGGAUCUGCAUGAACAGGUCUAGAGACACAGCAUUUCUUCUAUUUCUUCUACGUGAAUCAUCAAAAAUGGGCUUGUGGGCACGAGUAUUGUUUAGUUUACAUGUGGUUAUGCAGCUAACCUAUAUGGUGACCUCCCAAGGAAUUGUCUAUGAUCUCCUGGCAUCACCAGAUUGUUUGCCAGAUCUCCUACAAGGAGGACUGAAGGAUAAGAACGUGAAUGACGUUUAUAUCCUGACAACCUUUCAGGUCCAGAAUAAAGCGCCAAUGCAUAUUUUUCGCAUUUACAACCCUACAGACAACACUGACAUUUUGGAUUUCUCAGUAUACGGGAAGCUCAACAAAGUGUCUCUGAGGUAUCUGAAAAUAAAUGGAAAAAUAGGUACAGCUAAUUUCCUCAAAGUGCCCCUGGCUGACGGCCGGCCACACAACGUCCUGUUGCACUUCAGCGGGCUGAUACAUGGCACUCCUCGCAUGCUUCUGUAUGUGGACUGUAGGCUGGUGGAGAUAGUGGAGGAAUUGCCAGCUGCCUUGAAGACACUACCACCUGGUCCUAAUCAAGUGGCACUAAAAACCAUGCCCAGUACAUCAGAGGACAGUGUGUUAGACCUUAAGCUAGUUUUGGGUGAAUCGAUAGAAAACGUUGUGGAGCUUCAAGACUGUUCUCACCUGCAGGGUGAAUCGAUACAAUUAUUGGGCCUCUCAUCUAAGCCGGAGCCAGUCAUAUUUGACCUUGUGCAGAUGAUCCAAGAACUGAAAGGGAAAAUGGACCAGCAGAUCCAGGAGACUGCAAAUUUAAGAAAAAUACUUAUGGAAUGUGUUCCAUGUGAUGGGCAAAACACAGGCAAGACUGAUGAGGACUCCCACACCAAGUGUGCUCCAGGAGUGUGCUUUCAGCAGAGUAUGUGUACGGAGACCGAGCAAGGUGUCAAGUGUGCACCGUGUCCUGAAGGCUAUGUAGGAAAUGGAGUCCACUGUGAAGAUGUAGAUGAGUGUCAGUUCAACCCAUGUUUCCCUGGUGUACGGUGCGUUAACACAGUCCCAGGAUUCCAGUGUGAGAGAUGUCCUAGAGGGUACAGUGGGCCGGAGUUGCAGGGUGUGGGCAUCGUCUACGCCCAGUUACGCAAGCAGGUCUGUAACGAUAUAGACGAGUGUCUAAGUGUGGACAACGGAGGCUGCGUUUCUAAUUCCUACUGCCAAAAUACAAUGGGUUCAUUCAUCUGUGGAGACUGUAAGCCUGGUUUCACUGGAGAUCAAAUAAGAGGCUGCAAGUACAACCCUGAAAGCGAACUUGGUCCUACUGAUCCUGUUGAGACUGCUGAACUCAACAGGCUGUGUGCGAACGGUGAGCGCAACCCAUGCGACCUCAACGCUGAGUGCAUCGUGGAGAGAGAUGGAAGCAUCAGCUGUGUGUGCAACAUCGGCUGGGCCGGUGAUGGCUAUGUGUGUGGAAGGGACACGGACAUCGAUGCUUACCCUGACAAAAAACUUCCAUGCCAGGAAACAUACUGCAAAAAGGACAACUGCAUAUUUGUACCCAAUUCAGGCCAGGAAGACGCAGAUGGUGAUGGAAGAGGUGACGCCUGCGAUGAAGAUGCAGACGAUGAUGGCAUCAUCAACGAGAAGGACAACUGCUGGUUGAAACCAAACACAGACCAGAAGAACAGCGAUGGAGAUGCUCAUGGUGACGCAUGUGACAACUGCUUAAAAGUAAAUAACCCCGACCAGAGGGACACAGACCAGGAUGGACUGGGAGACGAUUGUGAUGAUGACAUGGAUGGUGAUGGAGUGAAAAACAUUUUGGAUAACUGCCAGAGAGUUCCCAACCGUGACCAGCUGGACAGUGAUAAUGAUGGUGUAGGAGAUGUUUGUGACAGCUGUCCUGAUGUGCCCAACCCCAACCAGUCAGACAUUGACGAUGACCUUGUAGGAGACACUUGUGAUACCAACACUGACAGUGAUGGAGACGGACACCAGAACACCAAAGAUAACUGCCCUACAGUCAUCAACAGCUCUCAGUUGGACACGGACAAGGAUGGGCUUGGGGACGAAUGUGAUGAUGAUGAUGAUAAUGACGGCAUCCCUGAUAAACAAGACAACUGCAGAUUGGUGCCCAAUGUAGACCAAGCAGAUAAAGACAAUGACAAUGUGGGCGACGCCUGUACUGGAGACUUUGACCAGGACCGGGUGAUUGACAGAAUUGACCCCUGUCCUGAGAAUGCAGAGAUCACGCUGACAGACUUCAGGGCGUAUCAGACAGUGGUGCUGGACCCCGAGGGCGAGGCUCAGAUUGACCCUAACUGGGUUGUCCUUAAUCAGGGCAUGGAGAUCGUUCAGACGAUGAACAGCGAUCCAGGACUCGCAGUGGGUUACACGGCGUUCAGUGGCGUGGAUUUCGAGGGAACCUUCCAUGUGAACACGGUGACUGAUGAUGACUACGCCGGGUUCAUCUUUGGCUACCAGGACUCUUCCAGUUUCUACGUGGUUAUGUGGAAGCAGACAGAGCAGACCUACUGGCAGGCUGUGCCAUUCAGAGCUGUAGCUGAACCUGGCAUCCAGCUCAAGGCUGUGAAAUCCAAGACAGGGCCUGGCGAGUUUCUGAGGAAUUCUCUGUGGCACACGGGGAACACCGAGCAUCAAGUGCGGCUUCUGUGGAAAGAUCCUCGCAAUGUGGGCUGGAAGGACAAGGUUUCAUACCGCUGGAACCUGCAGCAUCGGCCUCAGGUCGGAUACAUCAGGGUCCGGUUUUAUGAAAGCGCCAGUCUGGUGGCAGACUCCGGCGUGGUCAUUGACACAAGCAUGAGGGGUGGGCGUCUUGGUGUAUUCUGCUUCUCCCAGGAAAACAUCAUCUGGUCUAAUCUGAAGUAUCGCUGCAAUGACACAAUCCCUGAAGACUACCAGGAUUACAUUGCACAGGACUCCACCAGGAAAGAGGAUACUCAGGAUAAUACUACACAGUAAUGUGAGAGGACGCAUUGCCUGAAAAAAGUCCUCACACAGCUAAUAAUUUGGGGGGUUAUUUAAGGGUAUUAUAUUAACCAAUCCCACUUGCUUUGUAAAAAAAAUUUGCGUAAAGUCUGUCUUUAUGUAGUCCACUAAAUGAGCGAGCAGAAUCACUGCUUUUUGCUUGGCUCACAUGUUGGACAUAUUUUCAGUGUUAUAUGGAAAACAUUCAGCAAGCCUGAAAGUAACUAACGAUGACUUUGGGACCUAAACUGCAUUCUCCACUCUUGUACACAACUUUCCUACUAGUUUGACUGUGAAUAAUGAUGCUGAGUAAGUCGUAAUGCUUUACUGAAUGAUCUGCCAGGGUUGUAUAAGAUUUAAGUAGUUAGAUAUAAGAAAGUUUGUAGAAGUUUUUGGACUGUUUUUUUUUUAAUAGUAACCUGUAUAUGAAUGGGAUCAAAUUUUGUUGCUGCAAACAAAAUUAUUUUCCCCCCUUUGAAUAUGGAUGUGUAUUAUGGGAUAGGUCUUAAAUUAGGAAAAUGUGGUUGUUUGAUUUUUCUAGGACUGGGCAGCUGUAAAAAUGUCACAUGUCAUGGAAUAUUUUUCUGGCUUUUUCUACACCAGCUCACUGUCAAGAUGUACCAAAAAAUGCAAUUAAAAGCAAAUCUCUCUUUCCACGGAAAAUGAACACAACAUUUAUUUCUGGAAUGUCUCAUGUAUAUUUUUUAUUUAAAGAUCAAACAAAUAACCUGAAAAGAACAGGCUUUCUUCUGCACAGUUAAGUUUGGGUCCUUUAUAAUUAUUUAAAAAAUAUUUAACAGGUAAGAAAACAUGAUCAAAUUCUUUUUUUGUUUUGU